CAUGAGGUCAGAAGAGCCAGUUCCAUUACAUGAAGAAUUUAUUUACUGUUGUGGAGCUGCUACACACGUCUUAAAGUGUGGGCCCUGGAAGGACCUCUCGAAAGAUGAAAGUAAAAAUCUACCCAGGCUUUUAUUCAUGAUUAUUCCUGGUAACCCUGGAUUGGCAGGUUACUACAGGACUUUUAUACAGGCCCUAUAUUGUGGACUAAAUCAGCAGUACCCAGUUUGGGUUGUGAGCCAUGCCGGACACUGUAAGCCUCCUAGUGGUAUGGAGAUGAUAGAAGACACAGAUAUUAAGGAGCUAGAGGAUGUUUUUGGACUUAACGGACAAGUAGAGCAUAAGCUGAACUUCCUCAAAAAGAAUGUGUCAAAAAAUAUAAAGCUGGUACUGAUUGCUCAUUCUAUUGGUUGCUACAUCACACUGGAGAUGAUGAAGCGAGCAUCAGAACUUCAGGUUCUUCGCUCGGUGCUGCUCUUCCCAACCAUCGAGCGUAUGGCCCAGUCACCCCAAGGAAAGCUCAUGACGCCCUUGCUCUGCAAGCUCCGCUACGUUCUCUACAUGCCCGUCUACCUGCUGUCCUUCCUGCCCGAGGGAGUCAAAGCUUCCCUGGUGCGGUUUGCCCUACGAGGAAUGAAGACCUAUGACGAGUCCUCCAUAACGACCUCCAUAAAUCUCUUCAGCGUGGACUGCAUUGCAAAUAUCUUGUAUAUGGCAAGCCAAGAAAUGAUGAAGGUUGUGGAGAGAGACAGUACAACCAUAAAGCAAAAUUUAAAGAAGCUGAUUAUUUACUGUGGAGAGAUCUUACCCGGAGAGCAGCACUGGCUCAUCCAGUGA